UUUAGGUAUUGCGUCGUAAUUUUUUAACCACUUAACUGUAACAUACACUUCAUAAUUGGAAAUGGAUACUACUGGUUUGUCAGAGAGUCCACAAAAAGAUGAAUCGAAGGAGCAUUCGGAGAAUUGCAGUUCUGAGGUAGAACCAUCAAAUGCAGAAUGUGAGGAGGCCUUGAAAAAGUUUGUUCAAUUCACCAAAACGGAUGAAGCUUGUGCGCACUUCUUUUUGCAAGAUUUUAAUUGGCAGUUGCAGCCUGCACUGGAUCGUUUCUUCUCGUAUGCGCCGGAAACCAAGGAAAGGACUAAUUCAACGAAAGCAUCAUCUCACCUUGUUGAAAAUGAACCAGAUAAGGAUUUCUCUCUUACUGUUAUGUCGUGGAACAUCGAUGGUCUUGAUGAAAGCAAUCUUACUAUUCGUUUUACUGCAGUUUGCUACAUAAUUUCGAAGAUUUCUGCUGAUGUAGUUUUCCUACAAGAAAUGACCCCCGAUUUGGUUCCGCAAAUCAGAAAGAAUUUGGGUGGGGAGUAUAGUAUCCUGGUUGCAACUCCAAACUUGCCAUAUUUUACGGUUGUCCUCCUGAAACCAUUCAUCGAGUUGAUCUCGCAUAAAGCCAUCCCGUAUGGAUGUUCAGGAAUGGGACGAUCAAUGCAGCUUGUGGAGACUUCGGCACAUGGGCACAAAAUGAUGCUACUGAAUACGCAUUUAGAAAGUAUGAAGGAGCAUUCUGAUGUAAGACUCACCCAAAUCCAGGAGUGUUUUGAACAACUGACUGAAUGGGAUGAUGGCAAAACUAUUAUCGUUUUUGGAGGUGAUCUCAAUGCUCGCGAUAGCGAAAUUGGCGAACUUCCUCCUGGAUUCAAAGAUGCAUGGGUUGCUGCGGGGUCGAAACCAAAAUUCAAGUUUACUUGGGAUACUUUGUUGAAUGACAAUAAAGCUGCUGGAAAAGCCCGAUGCCGUUUUGAUCGCAUUAUCUACAAAAGUGCUGGUGUCUUCUCGGGAGUGGAUUUUUCGCUUGAAGGUCAGAACAGAAUCCGCACCUCACUUUGCUUUCCAAGUGAUCACUGGGCUAUUCUUGUUCAUUUUCACUGACUUUUAUUCUCAAAUAAUAUAAUUCAAAAAAAGCUGAACAGUGGAUAAAAAUGGAUACGCAAUCAACCUCUAAUGGAUGGUUGAUUGCGUAAAAUAAGUUUUUUGUUGAAUGCAACGCUUCUGGAUUUCCUCCAAAAUGUUUGCAUUGUUUUCAGUGCAAGUGAGUUGCUUUUUCUAAAAACUGACUUAUGCUUAUAAUCCGACGAAUAAUGUAAAUAUGUAUUAAACAAUGUUUUAUCCCCUAUAAUAUAUGAUAUUUUACUGUUGUGCACUCCGCAAUUCUGCUCAACUGAGACACUUAAAUGCUAUUGAAAUUUGUCGAUCUGGUGAUGCAAGUAUGAAUAUAUUACGCAAAUAGGAAUAUUACGCUUUUGUUAUGCAUUAAGUAACGUUCCACCCAAAUCCCUUUCUUGUUAAAGAGACCAUUGUCAUGUAUUUUUUGGACAUAUGCUUUUAUAACCAAUUUACUAUCUUACGUUUUUCAGUUUUUGUUUUCAAUCUUAGUUGAUUUUCAACGAACAGUGUUUAAUUUCUUUUAAUUAGUUCAAGAACACUAUGUGCUCCACGCUCUACUGAAUUUUGAGUUUUGCAAUUUGUAUUAGUCAACAUUAGAAGUAUUUCGUGAGCAACUCUGAAAGAAUUUGGACAAGGAAACGGAGUAAUCGAGACAUUUCGAGCCAUGAUUAGCCUCUCUGUUGUUUAUAUGCAGAAUAUACUAUUCUGGUUUGCAACAAGACUUCCUUUAUUCUGCAGCUAAUUUCCUAUACUCUUUAAGGUUCUUCUUCCAUGUUAGGGUUGGAGUGAUUUUUAACCAUCUUUAUGUUUUUGAACUGCUAUUAGUUUUUGCAUUGUUUCUUUCAAUUUUUUAGAAAUCGCGAAACUCUGGUACUUUUUUCCAUUCGAUUGUUCCCGACUGUUUGAUGAUCACCUCGCUCCUUUCCAAUUUCGUUUUUUGGAAGUGAUGUAAAGAUAAGACAUCGUUGAACUUCUGUCGAUUAUUAAUAUUAAUUUCAAAUUUCAUCGCAUAUUUCUUCAGAUGUUAUUCUGCCCCAAGUAAAAUCGCUAUUUUGCGCCCUAUGCAGUAAUGAUUUUACUGGGCGUAGUUCAUUCAUCACACUGAUUGCAUGUAAAUUUGUUAUCAUCUCAACUGGUAUUGCUUUAAAACGGUGUUAGUUCUGUUGCUUUUCAGUUUUCU